CCUAUUCUACCAUCCCUACCUGCGCUGUCGCACCUUGACCUCAAGGGGGUUGGGGUUAUGCUCCUUCUCGUGAUCCAUUGUAUGGGGUUUCUUUGGAGUGGAAAAUAGUCAAUAUCCACCCGCCUUUCCACUUCUUUUCUCUCGCUUGGAAGGGAAAAAAAAAGACAAAAACAUAAACUUACACCUAUACCUAUACCUUUUUCUAUCAUCUGCAGGCGGUCUCCACUUAAACUUGGUAUAUGUAUUCUUGUGGAAAGUAUCUAAAUUGCGAUGGAUAUUUCGGUCUCCACGAAAGUCCGCUUACUUCAAGAAAUCCAGUUGUGUUUGAAUCUGAACAUACUAUCAAUGUUUCUUUAUUCCAAGUAGAGGAGGGAUCUGCAAAGCGGGUGGAGAGUCGGACAUCUUUUCUUCUUUUUAGUGGAGUUUGGUGGGGCUUUAGUUAG